AUGGGUUAGGAGGAAUGUGAGCGCGCCAUGUGUUUGUCCGCCAGUGCCUAACUGCCGCACUGCCUCAAAAGGCGCGUGCUAGGGUACUGUACUUAAUUAGCAGCGCCGUACGCGCUUGAGCUUGCAUUGCAUCUGCCAUGGAUAUUGAUCACGGCAGAGAGAGCGACGGCGAGAUGGUGGGCACCAUCGCCAGCUGCGGGCUGCUGCUCCACUCGCUUCUCGCCGGGCUCGGGCGUCGCGCCGCCGGGUUCGCCCGGAAGGUGGGCGGCGCCGCGCGGGAGGACCCGAGGCGGGUGGCGCACUCGCUCAAAGUCGGCCUGGCGCUCGCGCUGGUGUCCGUCGUCUACUUCGUCACGCCGCUCUUCAACGGCCUCGGGGUGUCCGCGAUAUGGGCCGUGCUCACCGUCGUCGUCGUCAUGGAGUACACCGUCGGUGCCACGCUGAGUAAAGGCUUGAACAGAGCCUUGGCGACGUUGGUGGCUGGCUGCAUCGCCGUCGGAGCUCAUCAGUUAGCUGAAUUAGCUGAACGCUGUGGUGAUCAGGGAGAGCCCAUAGUGCUCACCGUGCUCGUCUUCUUCGUAGCGUCAGCGGCGACGUUCUUGCGCUUCAUCCCGGAGAUCAAGGCCAAGUACGACUACGGCGUGACCAUCUUCAUACUGACCUUCGGUCUGGUGGCCGUGUCGAGCUACAGAGUGGAGGAGCUCAUCCAGCUCGCGCACCAGCGGUUCUACACCAUAGCCGUCGGCGUCUUCAUCUGCCUCUGCACCACCGUCUUCCUCUUCCCCGUCUGGGCCGGAGAGGACGUCCACAAGCUCGCCUCCGGCAACCUCGACAAACUCGCUCAGUUCAUUGAAGGAAUGGAAUUCAACUGCUUUGGCGAAAACAGUGUUGCAAAUAAUUUUGGGGGAAAGGAUUCCCCCCAAAUGCACAAGAGCGUCCUUAAUUCGAAGGCCACUGAGGACUCUUUGUGCACCUUUGCCAAAUGGGAGCCUCGUCAUGGCCAGUUCAGAUUUCGACACCCAUGGAGCCAAUACCAGAAGCUGGGAACUCUUUGUCGCCAAUGUGCGUCUUCUAUGGAGGCUCUUGCUUCAUAUGUCAUCACAACCUCAAAAACCCAGUGCCCUGCUGCAGCCAACCCUGAGCUAUCAUGUAAGGUUCGAAAAACAUGUGGCGAAAUGAGCUUGCAUUCCUCCAAGGUGCUUAGGGAUCUCGCAAUGGCAACUCGAACAAUGACUGUGCCGUCUCCAGUGAAUAUCACCAUGGCUACAGCCGUGAAAGCAGCGGAAAGCCUCAGAAGCGAGCUUGCAGAGAACACGGCUCUGUUGCAAGUGAUGCAUGUGGCCGUCACCGCAACACUUCUUGCGGACUUGGUUGAUAGGGUGAAGGAAAUCGCGGAAUGUGUUGAUGUCCUAGCAAGACUGGCGCACUUUAAGAACCCCGAGGACACAAAAAAUGUCGUUGUCAGUACCGUGAGUCGAGGGAUAGACGAACCUUUGCCUGACGUGGUUAUUUUGUAAAUCUUCAAAACAUUGGUAGACUAUAUGGUGAAGAACAUGGUAGUACUAUAGUAGUACUAUGUAUCGAUACUGGAGGGUCUUGUAUUGGUUGAUUUAGAUUUAUUACUGCUGAGACAUGUUGGAUA